AUGUUCAAUUGGACGAACACAAUCAUUAUAGAUUCUGUGCAAAAAAGUAUAGAUAAAUUUAUGCAUCCUUGUGAGACAAAUGAAACAUUAUCACCCAUAUAUCCCGGCCUAAAUUCAAAUUAUUCUAAAGACAAUGAUGUGACAGAUUCAAUUAAUGUUUCGAUUUGGUCUACUGGUGGUAUGACGUAUAUGCCGAAUAUUUUACGUAUAAGUCAAUUUUGUUCUGGUCAAUUUCGUGAACCUAAUAGUAAUGACAUUGUGGUAUAUGUACCGGGUACAUUUGACCUUUUCCACAUUGGUCAUUUAUCAUUCCUGGAACAGUGUUUAAAACUUGGAAAUUAUCUAUUGGUUGGAUUAUACUCGGAUAAAACGUCAUCAUUUGAAAGUGGUCGAAUGGGCUCAAUUCUCACACUUCAAGAACGACUGUUAUCUGUACUGGCCUGUCGAUACGUGAGCAAUGUAAUUAUUGAUGCACCGUAUGUAAUACCUCCCAAUCUUUUGGAUCAUUUCAAUGUAAAUUAUGUUGCAAUAGGUUGGGAUAAAAAUCUUACACCAACAUUAGAGGGCUUAGAUCCGAUGAUGGUUUGUAAAAAACGAGGUAUUCUUCGUAGAAUCGAUAGUGGAUGUAAUGUUACGACAUCACUUGUUAUAUCCCGUAUUAUGAAAAAUAGACUUCUUUACGAAGAACGAAAUCAGAAAAAAGUGAAUAGAGAAGUCCAGUUGGCGAGUAAAUUGUUGACAAGUAAUUAA